ACGCGCGAGGAGAGCGGGCUGCAGGCGCUUGACAUGGCGGCAGGGGCGGCGACUGCGGCGACCAAGGGGAAUGGGGGCGGCAGUGGCCGAGCCGGGGCCGGGGAAGGCGGCGGCACGCGGAGGAAGAAGGGCCCCGGGCCUGUGGCCACGGCGUACCUGGUCAUCUACAAUGUGGUGAUGACGGCCGGGUGGCUGGUGAUAGCAGUUGGGCUUGUGAGAGCGUAUCUGGCUAAGGGCAGCUACCACAGUCUUUAUUAUUCAAUAGAGAAGCCUUUGAAAUUUUUCCAAACAGGAGCCUUACUGGAGAUUUUACAUUGUGCUAUAGGAAUCGUGCCAUCUUCUGUUGUCCUGACUUCUUUCCAGGUGAUGUCAAGAGUUUUUCUAAUAUGGGCAGUAACACACAGUGUCAAAGAGGUGCAGAGUGAAGACAGUGUUCUUCUGUUUGUUAUUGCCUGGACAAUCACGGAAAUUAUCCGUUACUCCUUUUACACAUUCAGUCUAUUAAACCAUUUGCCUUACAUCAUCAAAUGGGCCAGGUACACACUUUUCAUCGUUCUGUACCCAAUGGGAGUGACAGGAGAACUGCUCACAAUAUAUGCAGCUCUCCCCUUUGUCCGACAGGCUGGCCUGUACUCUAUCAGCUUACCUAACAAAUACAACUUCUCCUUUGACUACCAUGCAUUCCUGAUCCUGGUAAUGAUCUCCUACAUUCCACUUUUCCCCCAGUUGUACUUCCACAUGGUACACCAGAGAAGAAAGGUCCUUUCUCGCUCCGAAGAACACAAGAAGUCUGACUAGCUCUCCACACCACUAUCCCAAACCAAACUUCUCCAUGAUCAAAAAAUGCUGCAGACUUUUUGAGUUCCCAGUACAUUUCAUAGAAAAUAAGUAAGAACUAUUUUUAAAAUAUUAAAAACAAAAUAAAAACCAAAAUCCAGUGUCACAUGGGCCUGGGAUUUUAUAAAAAAUAAAAAUAAAGAUUAAAAAUUCAAAGAGCUGAUCCCUAAAGCAUCCUAGCUGGUCCUCUGAGCAUGCUCGAAUCAGAAGUUCCUGUAUCUGUGAUGGCUAGAAGGGGCUGGUACUUUAUCUCCUCCAUGUCCUUCAUGUAUCUGACAAAUAAAGACCUGUAACACUGAGUUCUUGAGAGUUACAGUCUGAGUAAUGAAUGACAUUGCACCAACUUGCGGUAGAAGUUAUGUUGCAGUCUGCAGUGUGUUCAGCAUUCCCUUCUCAAAGUGCUUGACUGCAUGCUGGAAAUUCUUUGUAAUUUUGAAGCAGCAAUUUGUUCUCUGGAAUGCUCUGAAGUUCUGGCUAGGACCCAGCCCCUCAUAUCUAGUGAAUGAAUUACAAGAUGUAUAUGCCUGUGAAUCUUUGGGUAGUGCCUGUAACCAGAAAACCACUAAAAGCCUUUCAUUUGUUUUCAAUUGAGUCAUUACUGCCUGCCACUAAGAACCGUGCUUGGAUUUAGGAAGUCUGUGUAUACUGUAGAGAGCCUUACCUGGAGCUUAGCUUCUGUCAGAUUGUAACAAGCCACUGUGUGAGGGGGAGGCUUCAUCAUACUUAGCUCAGAGCACGGAUGUAUAUUGGCCUAGAGUUGUUCUCGUUGACAGAUGCAAAGUCCAUCUCAUUACAUAGGAGGAGAAAAUCUGUAAUUAAAGAUGCUUGGAAGGUGUUGCUUUACCACUGUAGUCCAGAAAAGCAUCCAGAAAUAAAUUUAUGUACUUCCUUUUUAUUUCAAUUUUUUACUCUUCUGUUUAGAUACUUGAGCAGCCACCAGCUGGCUUGUGACUCUGGACAUCGUCUAAUAGUGUCUUCACAGCACUUAAUUGUAUAACCAUCUAUUUAAGUCUCUUUAGGAAAGGUUUGAAGGAGACAGGCAAAACACAAGUUACUGCCCUGCCCACUGCUCCUCAUGGUGCACUCAGCAAACUCUGCUUUUAAAAAUAGAAAGCAAGGUUCUGAUAAAGAUGCCAGGCCCAAGUUUAGAUAAGCACUUGGCCUUAAACAGCACACUCGUAGAAUCACUUCCCUUGUUUCCUUUCUUCUUUCUUCUUUGUUUACCUUUAAGGCUUUAAAAAUCUUGCCAUUGUCAUUUAGAAGAUAAUUAUUCCAAUCAGAAGAAUAUAAUGAAAACUACAUUUUCAAACGUGUAUUUUCAUAGGAGCUAGAAAAGCUAAUGCAGGCAGGUGUGUAAUAAGUUAUUGUCUAAGGGAACAUUAGAAUUCUGCCUCGAGCCAGCUCUCUUGACUUGUCUGUGUUGAAAUCAGAAUCUGUUCCGGUAUUUGAUAGACAAAUAUGUGGAAAAGGUUUUCUUAGCUUUUUAUUCCCCCAAACUGUACUUCUGUAAAGCAGAGUCAACUUGGGUUUUGUCAGCCGUGUUACGGUAUCUGACUGAGAUUGCUAUAGUUGCACUGGAAUGAUUGCAAAAGGUGGUGUGAGAAACAGAUGGUCCAGCCCAAGGACAGGGCUCCUCCUCGGGCCUUCUGCGUUGGCCGAACUGCAUCAAACUGAACUUCAGUGAAGAGAACACAAUCACCAGUUUCCUUCAAAACUGGUCUCAAUCUUCUGGACAUGAGCACUGAAGACAGCACAGCAGAUGAGUGAAGGUGGCUGUCAUCUUCUUGGCAACUAGAUUUUAGGGUUUUUUCUUUUUUCCUUUUUCAUCCCUAACAUGCAUUCAUUUCUCCUUUGAGGUAAUUGUGUUCUUUUAUAAAUUGAGAAUAUCCAGCCUCCCCAAGUGUCAUGUCUAAUGGUGAGGUGUGAACGAAGAAAGUGCUUCUCUGUGGGUGCUUUGUCAGACUUAGAGACAUCUUCCCCACAUCCACUUGACUGCCUCAGAUCUCCCCGAGGGGCCCGCUUGAAGGGAUGGGUUCUUUGAGGUACACAGCAGUGCUCUGUAGAGCUAUGGUGUUAAUCUGCAUCGUGCUGAGGUUAGGACCACUCAUUGCACGUGUUCGUGCCAUAAUCAAAGACCCCGUGGAGUUAGUCAUGGAAUAAAGCACUGUCCUGGACGGAAAAGCCCCUCUAAAAGCAAACUGAAUGAGAGGAUGAUGUGACUGAUGCCAGGCCCAAGAGGCGGAUGAGGGAUCGAUUGUGCUGCUGCUUUUCAUUUCUAAUAAAAGCCUGAUGUUGCUGUCGUCCAACCUGGACAUCACAUUCAGUUCUGAGUUUCAGAUAAACCACUAUAAAACAUCAAAGUCAAUACAUACUGCUCCUUUGAAAUUUGGGAAAAAAAAAUUAUACAACCAUAUAUAUAUAUAUAUAUAUAUAUAGUCAUUUUUGUAUUUUUUUCUAUGUUGUGAAAACAAAAAUUGUAAUUUUAUAAGUCUUUGAUUCACUAAAAUUAUAUAAUUUAAAUGUAUUUUUUGUAUAUUUAGAAAUAAGGGGCUCAAAGACUAUGCUUAACUUUCUAUGCAUGCAUUUGAAAGCUGUUUUUAUCUGAUGUUAAUGUAGUAAGUUAUACUCAUAAAACACUGACUUGUGUUGCAUUCGAAAUAAACUGGUGUGUGCUCUG